GUUAGCAAGCUAUUCUUAAGGUUUUGAAAGUUUAUUAAUGGGACUGCAUUGGAGAUUCUAAAGAGUUCAAAUGUAUUUUUUAAACUGAGAAUUGUUUAUAUAGACAGCAGGUUUAGGGAAAUGUUUUAGGCACUUUUUGGAUUAUUACUCUGACUUUUACACAUACCAUAGUAUCUUUAAAUGAUAUUUUUUAAGAGAACAAUGUAAGGCUAUAAGACACGAUUCACAUCUGUGAAGAUGUUUGAAUCAUUAUAGCAUCUGUAAAUCAUUUAUACUGUAAAAUUCAGUGCUCCAAAUCAGCAAGCUUUUGUUGGGAAUUCUGGUGGGAUUUUGUAUAUCAGAGCUUGAGAAAAGUGGAACUGAAGGAAGUUAGAAAUGUUGUAUUUCGGUCUCCUGACACAUGCUACGGUAACUGGGAUAUAAAUAUACUGUUAAUUUGAGAAUUUGGGCAUUUGAUUGUGUAGUGUCCUGUGUGUGAUUCGUUUAUAAAGUCAUUACAGUAUAUGGUUUAUGAAAAAGUGGCGUCUAGAUCAAAUUGUGAUUUUAAACCUUUUAGCUUUCAAUUUCCACAAUGAGUGUCAGAAAGAGAGGAAAAUGCUAAUUUAAGGAAAAAUACAGAAAGUAGAAAAAGAUUUGGGGGCUGCAUCUUUGUUUGCCUGAAGUUAAAGUAGUUCAUAGAUGAGGUUCAUGAGAACAGAGAGGAAAAAGAGGUUAAAAUAAAUACCCAUGUCACUCUGUGGUCAUUGAAGUUAUUUUCACCAACAGUGCGACUGUUACAUGUGGUAUCUACUAUGAACCUCUAAAAAUUGUCAGACCAGGUGAAAUGUCAGCCUUCCUGCACUGAAAACCCUAAUAAGCUGAUUGAACUAAAUUGAUUGAGUAAACUCGUUCCCUCAAUUCAAUUGAGUAAUGGAAUCUUCUAAAACUUGCAUAUUUAAGUUUAUUUAACUUAGCGAUUAUGUAGACUAUACUUAAAUUGUUCAGUUCACCAAACUUGGUGCUUAUUCAAUGUACUUAAACGAUUAUGUUGACUUAACUUGGCAUUCAUUUCAAGUCUACUUAUAUAUUUAAGUUAACUCAACAUGGAAAUUUAACUGAAACGGUUCUGUUUUAUUGACAAAAUGUCACAAUAUUAAUAAAAAUACAGUACACACUAUACUGAAAUGGAAAUAGGUCACAGCCACACUAACAUUUGACCGUUUAUGCCUUGUGCAAACAAAGCAAAAUAUAAUAAAACAAACUCAACAUAUACAGUGUCAUACUGUAUAUACUAUACUGUAAUGGAAAUAUUAUUGAGUCACAACCACACUACAGAGGUGUAACAGGGGGAAAAUAUCCAAAACAAAGGGUGGUGUUAAAGUCUCACAGUAGGCGUUUCUUAAACAAAAAACGUGUUGGCAAGUGAUUUGGGGUAAUUUAGGUCUAGUGCAUAAAUUAGACCAAAGAGAAGACACAUUGUCUGUGGGAGGUCCUGCAUUUUGUCCAUCACCACAUGGCCUUCAAGAAUUAUUCCAAUCGAAGAAGUCAAAUGCAAGGAGUUGGGGGGCUGAAGAUCAGUGUCCUGGAAUAAGAUCCCCACUGGCACAUCCAGGAUAGUGUUGCGAUGAUCAGACACCUAGUGACAAAACAGGAGGCUCAGUAAAAUGAACAGAAGCAGCUGUAACAGUACAUUUUCAAGGGACCUGUUACCUCCCAUCUAUGGUGUGGAGAUGUGUGUGGCACUGGCGGGGAACAUACUGGCACUGUGGCUGCUUGUGACUAAGGAGAGAAAGAAUUGGCACACCGGAGUGGUGUUCUCCUGCAACCUGAUCAUCAGUGACAUCUUUUAUGCCCUCGGUCUCCCACUUCUUAUCCACUAUUAUUCAAAUGGACGGGUCUGGAUAUUUGGUGAAGCUCUCUGCAAAAUAGAACGCUUUCUGUUCACCUGUAACCUCUAUGUCAGCAUUUACUUCAUCAUGUGCAUCAGUGCUAACAGAUACCUGGCCAUUGUUCAUCCCUUUUUCACACGCAAACACAUUCGACCGAAACAUGCCAAGAUCGUCAGCGUGUUUGUCUGGAUCUUUGUGGCAAGCAUUUCGUCUCCAAUCCUCUACUAUGCAGGUGUGAAUAACAAUGACAAAUGUUUUUUAUUUGUAAGAAAUUACAGUGAACCAAUUAUUAAGAAGAACUUCAGGGUGUUUAUGGCUGUUACGGGUUGUUUAGUUCCAUGUGUAAUUACGUUUGCAUCAUAUUUUGGUGUUUUGUGGGUGGUUUUUAAAAAUGCAAAUAUCACCUCAUUGGAGAAAAAAAAAGUGGCCCUGAUUGUGGGUUUAGUCUGCGUCCUGUACGCUGUGUCUUUUGUCCCCUUUCACAUUCUACAAAUAUGGAAUUUUAAAUUGAGGGAAGAAAAGAAGACUAAUUGUUAUGUGCGUAAUGGAUACCAAGUGUCAAAAGCAUUAGCCUGCCUGAACAUGUGUCUUCAUCCCAUCCUGUACAUGGCUGUGUUUGACAGCAUCAGGGCAGUGUGCUGCAGACGGAGCUAUAACGUAUCAAACGUACAAAACACAGUUGGAGAACGUUUGUCAAAUGACCUUGAAUUGAAAUCCAGAGACUGAGAC